UAGUGGUUUUAAACCUUAAAAAUGGACAAGUAAUUACUUUCAUAGAUCUACUGUGAAAUGGCUCGUAAAGUGUGUAACGCUGGGAAUAUUGUUCAUUAUUUAUCUAGUAGGUCGGUCCAGACGUCAUUCCGUCAGGAAGACCAGGUUUUACGUCAUAGAUAUUCUGUGUCAGAGACCCUGCACUGGAAAAAUCUUGUGGGUCAUUACGGAUGUGUAAAUGCUAUUGAAUUUUCCCACGGACAGGGGACUCUUGUUGCUUCAGGAGGUGAUGAUCGUAGGGUGUUUUUAUGGGAUGUUGAAAAAGCUUUGUCUGAUAUUGGGAAACCAUCUGUGAUGAGAGGAGAACAUAACAGUAAUAUAUUCUGUGUUGCAUUUGACAUUGGGAAUACAACUGCAUUCUCGGGUGGAAAUGAUGAACAAGUGAUCGUGCACGAUCUAACUACAGGAGAAACGAAGGAUGUAUUUUCUCACGAUGAUGCUGUGUAUGGUUUAAGUCCUGACCCAACAAAUCCUUACAUGUUUGCUACUUCAUGUGAUGAUGGCAGAAUUCUAAUAUUUGAUACAAGAGAUUCCUGUGCAGAUCCGUUCUGUCUGGCUAAUUACACUUCAUCAAUGCAUUCUGUGAUGUACAACCCAGUAGAACCUCGUCUUCUAGCAACAGCCAAUGCCAAGGAAGGAGUAGGAUUGUGGGAUGUCAGAAAACCAAGAAGCUGUUUGUUGAGAUAUGGUGGCAGUUUGGUCCAGCAGAGCUGUAUGAGUGUAAAAUUCAAUCAACGUGGGGACCACAUUAUUGCCUUACGGCGCCGUCUUCCACCUGUCCUCUACAACAUUGCCAGUCACGAGCCUGUAUGCGAGUUUGAUCACAGAGGAUACUAUAAUUCCUGCACUAUGAAGAGCAUCUGCUUUGCUGGUGAUAAUGAUCAGUAUGUGCUAUCUGGAUCGGAUGAGUUUAAUUUGUACAUGUGGGCUCUACCAGAUGAUCUUUCUGAAAGGUCAUAUAUUAACAGUGCCCAUAUGGUAUUGAAGGGUCAUCGUUCCAUUGUGAAUCAAGUUAGAUUUAAUCCAGCCAACCAUCUGAUUAUCUCAUCGGGUGUUGAGAAAAUAAUCAAGGUAUGGAGUCCUUUCAAAUUUCCUGAAAAAGAGAGAAAGGAGGGAUCAUUUCAAGAACGUAGAGUGUAUACUCACGAGGAAUAUAUCAACCUAGUUCUUCAGAAUGGCAAUGUCAUGUCACAUGAUUACAGUCAGGAAUCAACAGAAGAAGAUCCUAGAAUGAUGGCUUUUUUUGAUUCGCUGGUCCAACGGGAGCUUGAUGGAUGGAGUAGUGAUGACUCAAUGUCGAGCAAUGAGGAAGCUUUGUAUAGCCGUAUUAUUCAGCUGUCACAGUCUGAUAUUGAUUCUGAUGAUUCUUUCCCAGAUCUUGGUCAGAAUGAACAUGAUGAUCCCGCAUAUAGUCCAUUUUCAGUUGCAUUUGCUAGUGUCAUGGCAUCACAAGCUGCAGAAGGAAAUGAUGCAUUUCCUAGACUCAAUCAUGCUUUAGAAAAUGCUGAAAGAGUUUAUGCAGAAACAAGUGAUGGUCCUGAAGUAGCGUCAGGUUCAGAUGGUAUACAAGUUCGGAAUGUACAUCCAGAAAAUGUAAGUCAAAGAUCCAUGUCUGAGGAUAUUGAAGAAAGUUCUUCUCACAUAGGUUUAACUACAUUGAUAAAGAGAAAGAAAGAACAAUUAAAAGAAAGUAUGAAAAGAAGAGCGAAAUAUCCUUUUGCUGAAAUAUUUGCAAGUGAUUCUGAUGAAAAUGUUGAUGACAGUGAGUCUGAUGACUCUUCUGUUUCAAGUUUAAAUAUAGUGAUUGGUGGCAGUAAUAAAAGUUGUGUCAGAGAGGUUAAAAACUUAGAAGAUAGUAAAGCUUCAGAUAGCAGCAAGCACUCUCAGGAUAAGUUGCUGCGAUUAAAGAACUUAAGAAAAAGUGUUAUGAACAGUGAUUCUUGUGGUAAUUAUUUAGAAAUCCAUGAGAAGAAGUUAAAUUCUGAAACACUUGAAGCUUCGUCUUCAAAUUUUAUAUUCGAAACAGGAGAACAAUUUGAGAAGGUGCAUUUCAAAAAGUUUACAAGGAGGAACAAAAUGAAAACUGAAAUGCUGGAAACUGAUUCUAAAGAAGAAUUAAAAUCUAGAGCUAGUCCUGAUCUUGGUCCAUUUCUUCAAAAAGCUGGGACCACUAGUGCAUCAGUCGGAGUUAGAAAAGACUCAUUUGAAGAAGGAAACAGCGCAAAUAAAGGAAAACUGUCAAGUGAUUCAUUUAGUUAUAAAGGUAAACACAAAUCAAAGUCAAGCCAUAGACGCGGCUACAUGAAGAAAUCGGAAAAACAGCAUCUGCACACGUCAGAAUUUAAAAACAAAUGUGUAAGUAAGGAAAGAAAGACUGUGAAAAGUGAUAGUAAGGUAUAUUUCAAUAGACUUCUUCAUGGAGAGAAAAAGUAUGAGGAUAGUGGUAAAACUGAUAAACAUGUUGGAAAUAUAUGUCAUAAAAAACCCUCCCACAGGCAAGUUAUUGAAGACAGAAAACAUCAUCACAAUGGUCAUGGAGAGGGAAAGUGCGCUAUAAAGAGUGAAGAUGAAAAAUAUUCCCAAAGGCUUAAAAAUGAUGGCAGAAAUUAUAGUCACAUAGAUAUUGGAUCAGGAAAAUCUCAGCAUAGAAGUAGAGUAAAAUCUGCUUCUGAUGCAACAUUGGACAUAGAUGAAAGACGAUAUGAAUUCUAUUCUGAAGAAAGAGAAAGAUAUGAAAUCUGUGUUAGGGAGAAUAAAAACAAAAGUGUAAUGAAGAAAGAAUGUGAGAACUCUAGGAAAAUUAGAAGUGAUCAAGCAUCAAAUGAAAAGAGACAUCAGUGUAGUUAUUCUGAAGAUGACUAUCUUUGUAAAGGACAUGGAGAUGGGGUGUUUGAUGACAAAAAAGUUGGAAGUGCUAGAUUUGAUGAUACACAAGCUCAUACUGUCACAUAUGGUAAAAGUUCUUCUGUUAUGGGAGGUGCUUCUGGUAAAGAUGAUGCAGAUGGUUCAUCGGAUAGUAAAGAUAUUUGUUUUAGCACAGAAGAGGUAGUUCAUAGACAGUUAGAUAAUGGCAGUGGAAUAUCCGAUAGUGAAACUGAAUUUGUUGAAGAAAAUGAAAAUCAGAAAAAAAUGAACAGUUUCAGUAGAGUUGCUGGAAAUGACGGUGAAGAACCAUCAUGCUCUUAUAAAUUAGAAAUAUGCAAUAAGGUGAAGUGUAAACUUAGUGAAAGUACAACACAUCAGAGUGAAAAUGAAAGUGUAAAGAGUGAAAAAAGUGACAGUUCUGAAGAUGGACAAGCCACAUGUGAUGAAAGUCAUGUGGGAAGAAGUUCUUCAAGCAAUGAUGAAGACCAAUUAACAUGGGUUGAGUUUAGAAAUUUUAAAAAUAGGCUGGAAAGGGCUCAUAAGAGAUAUAAAAAAGAAUACCACAACAGAAGAAACAAGAGGAGUUUAAGUGAUGAGAAAUAAUGGACAUUUACUUGAGAAUUGUUACACUGUAGUGAUGGCGUUUGUUGUUGUUGUUGUUUUUUUUCAGGAAAAUCUUACUUGGAAUGAUGUAUUGUAUAUAUUAAGUGUAUCAUCAUAUAUUUAAGGACAAGUUUUAAAGUAAACAUGAUGUAUCUGACAGUAAGUUUUCAGCAAGAAAUACAGUAUCAAAUAAUUUUCUUGCUGUAGAAAAUGAAAGUAAAUGUCAAAAGCUAG